AAACUUACUCCAUUGUAGAAGUAGCACUUGCAAAUGUCCACGCCUAAUUACAUAUACAGUACAUGGGAAGAACAAAAAAUUAACUUAAAGAAUGGAAUUUUUUAAAAAUAAUACAAAAUGUAUUAGGGUGUUAUAAGAUUGUAAGCAGAAAUAUAUUACUGUAGUUUUAGCCAACUGCAUUCAUUAAAAUAUUACGUGUACAUUUCAUUGCAGAUUAAAUAUGACUUUCGGUAUUUGUGCAAUGAUGUAAAAAGUAAAAACGUGCAAAAUGAGGCAGAUAUGAAACCUUUUUCAGCGCUGAAUACGAUGAUCGAGUUCAACAGAACUGAUCUUCUUGGACAUCCUGUGUGCGACAAGUAUUUAGAUUUGAAGUGGGAAUACUAUGGGCUUGUAACACAUACAAUUCAUUUUCUCUUCUAUGCAACAUACGUGUGUAUAUACACAUACUUUAUUCUUUCUGUUGACUUCAACACGCUCCAGUGCACAAAUAAUACGUGCACAACCAAUACGACGCAGAGUUGCCUCCAUGUCGGUAAAAAUAAGUUCACAGGUGGGCAGACUGUUUCACUUAUACUUCUGCUGGUUUAUAGUUCAUUAUCUAUUUUGUUGAACAUGAAGGUCCUUCAUUCUUGGGGAUGGUGGACACUGUUAUCAUUUGAAAAGAUUGCACAUCAUGGUAUGAUGUUUGUUGUGAUAAUUUUUGUAGUACCGUUGUUGUCAUCCGAUGAAUUCACUCAUCAUUGGACGUGGGAAUUCGGGGUUCUGGGCUUAUUCAUGGCCUGGGUAUUUACAUUGCAGCACCUCAAGCGAACUUCACCUUUCGGAAUCCUGAUCAUGAUGUUCGUUAAAGUUCUUGCUACAAUGACAAAGAUAUUGAUAGUCUUCAGCAUCCAAAUAAUUGGACUUGUAAUAUGUUUUCAUGCGUUGCUGGGCAAUGACGAAGGUCAGCCAUUUGAGAGUGUGUUACUGUCGUUCGUACGCGUUUUUGAUAUGAUGAUCGGAGAAAUUGAUUUCAUUAACUCUUUCGCAAAACCAGUAAUGGAUGAAGAUAAAGCAACUGCUCAUUUCCAGUGGGCUACUAUAGUAUUAGUGACAUUUUUCAUCCUGACUUUUACAAUAGCUUUGAUGAAUCUCAUGAUUGGACUAGCCAUCGGAGAUAUAGAGAAAAUGGGAAAAAUGGCGAAGUACCAGCAGCAGAAACUCAUUGUUGCAUUUUAUAUGCAAUUUGAAAUCACCUUCCCAAUGAUCAGCAUCAAGUACUUCGAUAAGAAUUCGCUAACCGUUUUCCCGAAUAAAAAGAAGAAAUCGUUUUCAGAAAAGAUUACUGGAUGGGCGGCGGCUUUAUUCGGGAAUAUACCGGUAAUUGAAGAUUUCAAAAAUGAAGCAAAGAACGAGCCGAUAACACUACCAAUUGAAGCACGUAUAUUCAAGCGACUUAGCGACAUUGAAAAAAGACUCCAGGAUAUCACAGAGGCUGUAACUGCCAUGAACAAGGUUCAGAUUCCAUUAGAGGCAACAUCAGACGCAAUGUCAGAGAGAGCUCAUGAUAUUCCAGAUGAGGAAAGUGCAACAGCACAGGUGUUCAAAUGAAAGAUGAAUGAAUAAUAUCAGCAAAUCAUGUACUCCUGUAUUGAGGGGUGGGGCCCUGGAGCAAACAAGGCUUUAAAAUUUUACCAACAAGCAUGUAAAAUAAUAGUCUAGUUGGUCUAAAACAAAACUGGACUUCAAAAUAGAAGUAAACACACCCACGUCAUGAUGGAGCUGGGGCAGUAGGAUUCAAACCAUCUGAAAUACUUUGUAGGCCCCCCCACCACCAACAUCUUUCCAAAAUUAAACUCCUGGAUCUGCCCCUUGUAGUUCAAGUGAUUUUAAAUUACUCAUGUGAAGAACAACCGAAGAUAUAAAAAGCUGAAUUGGAAAUUUUAUGAAACUUGUGGAAGAAAGAAAACACAGUACAUGGGUAAAUUUAUUUCAAAAAUAAAAGACUUCCCAUAGAUAUGUCUAUAAGCAUAUCAACUGAUAAUAAAUUAAUGGUAAUAAAAAUGGUAAAUAAGACUACAGUAUUUUACAAGCUACAUUAUUGUAAAGGACAAACAUAACCAUGUUAGUGUACUGAACUACCUACACAUCAUUUAAAGAUUAAUUUCAAUAGAUAGACAUGUGCAAUGUAAAAUGUACCCAAUACCACAGCACAAAACACGUAGGGCAACCUCAUUUUGCAUUAUUGACAGUAAAUUCAUCAGAUUACAAAUUUUCACUAACCAGUCAGUUGCAAAUACUAUUAUUUCU